AUGAAUUAUUUUGUUCAAUUGGGUAUUACAGCUGUGGAAAUGAUGCCAGUCAAAGAAUUUCCUGGACAAGUUGGAUGGGGUUAUACACCAAGAUAUCAUUUUGCAAUUCAAAGUACAUAUGGUACAACAGCUGAGUUGAAAGAAAUGAUUGAUACAUUUCAUAAAAAUGGAAUUCGUGUUAUUAUGGAUGGUGUUUAUAAUCAUUGUGAUGUCUCUGCACCAUAUACAGCAAUUGAUCAUGAUUAUUGGUUUCUUCAUGACCCAAAAGAUCCAGUUUGGUGUUGGGGACCAGAAUGGGAUUAUGAAAAAUAUGAUGAAAAAUAUAAGCUUUGGCCAGCAAGAAAAUAUAUUCGUGAAUCUAUUAGAUAUUUUAUUGAUGAAUUUCAUAUUGACGGCAUACGUUUUGAUGCAGCAACUCAAAUAGCUAAUGAUAAAUUUCUUAAAAUUCUCGUACAACAAAUAAAACAACAAGCUCGAGAACGUGGCUUUGGAACAGAAUUUUAUUGUGUUGGUGAAUAUUUACCUGAUAAACCAGAAUAUGUUAUAUCUAAUGGCGGUCCUAUGGAUGGUGUUUGGCAUGAUAGUUUUUAUUUGAAACUACGUGAAUCUAUGAGCAAUGAACCACCAAAACUUGAUGAACUCAAAGAUGUUAUUGAUGCUCGUCGACAAGGAUAUCAAAAUAUAACUGAUGUUGUUAAUUAUCAAUCAAAUCAUGAUCAUAAUCGUUUAUUAGUCGAUCUUGGCAAAGAAUAUCAAUUAUUUGAUGACGAAGCAUUUCGUCGUGUACGUAUGGCAUUUGCAAUUCAAGCAACAUCGUUUGGUCUUAUGAUGAUUUGGAUGGGUGCAGAAAUUGGUGAAUAUAAAGAAAAAACGCCAGGUAUAGCAAAAAUUGAUUGGACAUUAAUUGAAGAUCGAGAUGAUAAUUCAAAUGCUAUUAAUAAAAAACAAUUACAAUAUUAUAAAGAUGUUAUUAAUUUACGAAAAUUAAAUUUAGCUUUAACAAGUCCAAAUUUAGAAUUUAUAUUUGAAGAUGAAUGUGAUUUAAUAUUAGCUUGGCAUCGAUGGAAUCCACCUAUUUAUGAUAUACAUAAUCAAGGUGAUCAUGUUAUUAUUAUUUGUAAUUGGGCACCAAUAACAUAUGAAAAAUAUGAAAUAUUAAACAUUCCACGUAAUGGACGAUGGUAUGAAUGGCUUAAUAAUGAUGAAGAAUAUAUAGUUGAAAAUAAUAAAUUAAUUAUUGAAGAUUUUAAAGAUCAUUCCGUUAGAAUUUUUGUAUAUCAAAAUUCAUCAUUUUUUCCAAUUUCUAAUACAACAAUAUCUACCGAUCGAAAACAUUUUAUUAUUAUUCAUUCAAAAAUCAUCUCAAUUAUUGGUAUUCUUCUUAUACCAAUUAUUCUUAUAUGUUUAAUUAUAAUAUAUUAUUUUUAUAAACAAUAUCUAAAAAAUAAAUAUCAUCAAGAAACAGAACGAUGUAUUAUUCUAGAUAAUGAACAGAUAUCAUCUAUUGAUUGUCAGAGUAAUAUUCAAACAAAUGAAAAUGAUUCUACAAUAAAAUAUCAAUUUAUGUAA